AUAGCUUUAAAACUGAGGGACUACUUUGCUUAGAAACGAACGGACAGACGGACGGGCAGUAGGACAUGGCUGGAUCAACUCGUAAGAAGUACCGCAGAAGGUUGCCGGCGUACGAGAAUAGGUACGUGUGCCCAGACGCUGCCCAACACUGAUUGCGACACCACUUGGCGGCAAUCCUAACAACAAAACCCAGACGUACGCUGUGCAAAAAUCUGCAAACUCCAAAUAAUUGAAUACCCGAUCGAUGGCAGAACCCCGCCCCGGCGCCUACAACUACAAGACCCUACUAUGCACAAACAUCCCGGAGCUGUUCCUCGACAAGUAUGUGGCGCGCUCGCACUUCGGCCGCUUCGGCACGCUGAUGAACUUCGUCCUGCGUCCGCGCCGCAUGACCUGCACCGUGAGCUACGCCAGCGAGGAGGAGGCGGAGCGGGCGCUGCUCGAGGGCGGCGUCUUCCAGGGCCACCAGUUCGAGAUGUGCUACGCGGAGAAUGAGACGGCGCCGGCCCAGAAAACGGAGGAGUGGGUGGAUCCCGACGUCCAGGCGGAGUUGAGCGCCCUGCAGGCGGGCUGGCGGAGUGAGUACGCCCCGGGUAAGGCCCAGAAGCCGCCGGCGGGAGAUGGUUUGGGGGGUGGUGGGGGUGGUGGGGUUGGCGCUGUUCUAGCGCCGCCCUCCCUUCCGGCGGUGGUCACAAAGACACAUCCUCCCGCCGCCAGAGACCGAACGCCCGGCCAGCUGCGGGACCUGGAGAACAUGAUGCGCAGACCCGCCCACACAAGCGAGGAGAAGUACCGCGUCCUGGACGCCCGCGACAAGCUGAUGCGCCUGCACCAAGGCCAACGGAAGCUGGCCGGAGCGACGCAGGGCCAUUGCCCGGACAUGUGCCCGGAGAAGGAGCGCGUGCUGAGGGAGUUCCAGCGCCAGGUGGCCAUAUACGAGCUGCAGCCGGGCUCCGAUGAGUUCAUCUGCCACGAGAGGGCCCUCAAACAGUACUCGCGCAGCAGUGCCGACCAGGAGACCCCACUGCCGCACGAACUGCGCACCGAGAACGCCCUGCACAUGACCAUGAGCUACCUGAUGCACGAGAUCAUGGACAUCAGCGAGCGCCAGGAUCCGCAGAGCCAUCUGGGCGACUGGUUCCACUUCGUGUGGGACCGCACGCGGUCCAUCCGCAAGGAGAUCACCCAGCAGGAGCUGUGCUCGCUGGGCGCCGUCAAGCUGGUGGAGCAGUGCGCCCGCUUUCACAUCCACUGUGCCGCUCGCCUGGUGGCCGCCGAUCCCAGCGUCUUUGACAGCAAGAUCAAUGCCGAGAAUCUUACCAAAUGCCUGCAGACGCUGAAGUACAUGUACCAUGACCUGCGCCUGAAGGGCGUCCAGUGUCCCCGGGAGGCGGAGUUCCGGGGCUACAUUGUGCUGCUCAAUCUGGCCGACGCCAACUUCCUCUGGGACAUUGGCCAGCUGCCCGCGGAGCUGCAGAGCUGCCCGGAAGUGCGGCAGGCCAUCCAGUUCUACUUGGCCCUGCAGGACACGAACUUUGUGCGAUUCUUCCAGCUGCUGGUGGACGAGGAGACCAGCUACCUUAGCGCCUGCAUUCUAGUCACCUACUUCACGCGACUGCGCGUCCUGGCCCUGCACCGCUUGAUCCAGGCCUACAGGGCGCCGCGAAAGGACGAGGUGUCCUCGCUGCCCCUCACCUACAUCACCGACAUGCUGAGCUUUGUCAGCGAGCAGGAGGCGGCGGACUUUGUCCAGCACUACGGCCUGGAGGUGAACGAGGCGGGCAGGGUGGUGCUGAGCAGGAUGCACGCGGUGGAGACGGACUACAAGCUGCCGCGACAGAUUGAUCUGGUGGAAAUGAAGCGCAUACAGAGCGUGGGCGAAGUCAUCUGCGGGGAACCGCUGCCGCCGCGGGACCUUUACCUCGACCACCGGCCGCACAACAGCUUCAACGAGCACGGAGUGCUAAAGAGCGUCGCCUGGGCGGCCAAGGAUCAGCUGCCUGGGAUGCAGCAGGAGGAGAUGCAGCCACAAGUGCCGUCGCAGCCACCAGCAGUGCCAGCCCAGAGCGAAAACUUUUUUAAGGUGCCCAUGCAACCGAGCGGAAUGGAAGCCGCCUUUCCAACUCCAACCACGAUGGGGGCAGCGCCAGCCGAUCCCAGCAGCGGUUUUAGCUUUGUCCUGCCCAAGUCACGCCCCCGAGAGCUCCAGGAGCAAGCUCUGGCCGAGCAGCAGCGACGGGCACAGGAGGAGGCCAAGCAUCAGGCCCUGCAACUGCAACUGGCCAUUGCUGCUGCCAAGCAGCGCGAAGCCGAGCUGAUGGCCAUUCAUGAGGCCAAAGUGGCCGAGGCCGAGCGAGUGCGUCAGCAAAAGCUGAGGGAACGCCAGGAGCAGCAGCGUCGACAGCAAGAGGAGCUGGAGAAGCAGCGUCAGCGGGAGCAGGAGGCACUCCAGCUGGAGCGAGAGCGGCAACAGAAGCUGGCGGAACUGGCUCUGUUGGAGGAGCAAGAAAGAGAGGCCCGAAAAAAAGUCAAGACCCUGGAGUGCUACCAGGUGAUAUUUCAGGAAAACCUCGCAGAGAUUUGCAGGCGGGAAUUUGAGGUGCACCUCCAAGCUUGCCGCUCCUACGAAUCCCUGGUGGACUUGCUAACCCGCGGCCUGGUCGAGGAGCAGAUGCAGCGAUCCCUCUACGAACUGGGCAUCAUGCGGGUGUACAUGAGGCGGUGGCGAAACUACCGGCGAGUCCAGCAGCGGAAGGACACGCUGUUCAACCAACUGCCCCUGAGUUUUGGCGCCGAUGACCGCGAACGACUGGUGGACGAACGCAGCGUGGAGGAUUCACUGCGUCUCAUCAGGCGCUAUAGACUUGGCGAGCCCUGCGAUUAUGGCAAACUUCUGGCUGGCCUGGAGGAGCAGAGUUGGCUGAAGCUGGAUCUGUGGCGCGUGUUGGACCAGUGCCUGCCGCAGGCGCAACCAGGUGCCAGACGUUUCUUCAAGCUGUUGUUGUGUCUGCCCGGCGGCCAAGAGGGUUUCCAGCUGAAUUACGACCUGGACAGGGGACUGUUGCAGCAGCCACAGUCGCCCGAUGCUCAUUUGGUGGAUGGAGGCUACAUCAGGGGCUUCUCCCAGGGCAUAGGACUGAGUGUGUUGAAGCUCCGGGACAAUUGCCAGGACUGGAAGCCCUCGGAAGUGGCCGAGGCCAACGGCAUUGUUUGCUUGGCUGGCCUGGCAGACUUGCGCUUUCUGCCGCAGCGAUUAAAGCUACUGGUUCAGGCCAGUCGAUGUCAAGAUGUGGCUUUAAUUGUGCAGCAUCCAGGCCACACCGUUUAUAAGGAAACCGAGCUGCACCUGCAAGACGUGGGUCUGCGCUCAUUUAAGAUCUUCCCCUUGCGACACUCUGGAAACAACCGCCAGCGUUUGAUGAUUGAAUUGCAAGCGGCUCUUAAGUUUCUGGCCAGAGCAGCGGAAAAGAAGCCCCUGGGACAACUUCACCAAGUGGAAGUCCGCGAGUAUCUGCUCGGCAACCUGGGAUCGGAGCUCUUUCGCCGCCUCAAAUACGCCGCGGAGCAGGACAAGGCCAUCAGAAGGGGCAGCCAGCGGUAUCCGCAGUUCUGUGUGGACCUCUUCAACGAGGCAGUGCGUCGCCUACAGUUGGUGGCCGCGGAGGACUUGAGCGAUUGCCCCCAGUUUCCCGAGGAGCUGCGUGUCUUUGUGCCGCCACUGCCCAUUGAAGCUCCGCUGCCCACCAAUCGCCUGGAGCACUUUGAGCCCGGAUGGCAGUUGGCCGAGCAACGACAGCGCAUUGUGCAGCUUCUGGAGCGCAGUAAACUGCCCAGGACGCCGCCACUGCGGAGCUCUUCAUCCCCAGCCGAGGACCAAUGCCAGUGGGUCCUGGACUACGCACAAGCGAGUCAGCAGGAGGACUGUGUGGAACAGGUCGCCCUCCAGGCCAUACAGAUUCUGCAGUCGAACGAAACGGAAGGGUACCUGAACUUCGUGGAGUAUCUGGCGAGCGAAAGACUGCAAUAUGUACUGCGCGGGGAGAAGAACCUGCCCAGGGGAAUUGUGUAUCGCACGAGGACAAUGAAGAGCCAGUUCCUGAGCCCUUGGUACUACGAGUUCCAGGAGGCGCAGUUGUGCGACCCGCUCUCAGCUGAUGAGGAUUGCACGGACCAGGAGCGGGAUCAGGAGGAGCAGCCAAAGCAGGUGGCGGAGGAGCCGCUGGACUACAACGAGAUCAUGAGCAGGGCGAAGGCCGUCCUGAACAGGUGCCGCCGGCGUCAGGAAGAACGCCACACACUGCGCGACCUCAAUGGGUCACACAAACCCAGCAAGAGCAAGGGCAAAUCGGAGCAGAAAACUGACGCGGAAAACAAACCCAAGCGCAAGCGCCCCAACUUGAAUUAGCUAGAGUUUUUAAACCCACCAACCUAUUAUGUUGUCUAAAUUUUAUGUUAAUUGUAAGUCGUCAUAGAAAAUUGUCAUAGAAAGGCAACGCAGAAUUGUAAAAAAUAGAACUAAGUUUAUUUUUAAGAUCAAAAUCCACUAGUCCUAAGCGUAAAAUCCUUUGUCCAGGUUGUCUUGCUUGGUCCAGGUUGUCUUGAUCUAAGUAUAAGCGUGAGCAAGACAACCUAGAAACCGCCAAAAAGAGCGGGACAGCCACAAUAUUAAUUAACCUUAAGUGUGGUGCAAAGAUAUUUUUUAAAAUUAAUAUAGUCUUGUAAUACAUUUUAUACCGAAAUCAGGCUGCACUUGGCGUCACAUCAGCCGUAUUGAGUGGGCCUUGAGUUUCCAAAUGACAGGCCAUGUCGCCCUCAGUCAACUAAACAGCUCCGAGGCGAAAGCAUCCAUUUAUCCAAAAUAUUUGUGUUUCCGUUUUUUAUUUUGUUUUAAGGUUUUUCUACAUUCAAAACCACACAAAAGGAUUUGCCUGGAACAUGAAGAGUAUAGUGGCUCAGACGGAAGGCCAGCUGCGGCCGGUGAAGGGUGAGUGAGUGGACGCGGGGUCCAGGCUGCAGACUGAUGCUCCUGUACCCUCCGCCCCUGGGUUCACCUUUACCACUUACUGUGUUCCCUCGGAGAAGGUUCCACAGAGGGCAUAGUUUAACUUAAGAAUACUCAAUUCCUGACCAUCAUAUUUAAAACACACAUAUAUUUUUAGGCAAUUAAAACAUGAUACAAUUAAGUUAAAAUAGGGGUAAAAGAAAUACAAAAAUAAUACUAAUAGUAAACACGUUUAUAUAUGUAGGUUGUAAUAUUUGCAGUUCAAUAAACCAAUUCUUACAGUA